GGUACGUAUUUGGGUAAUAGUACUCGCAGUUUUAUUUACUAUUAUUAAGUAUUAACUAUGGAAAAUGAAUCAGAAUACAAAGAUUUAUAUAAAAUGUUACCUAAAAACCGUGAAACUAGGCAAGAGGACCGAAGGAAAUUAGCUUUGAAGGACCAAAAGCUAGAAAGAUCAAAACUUCAAGACCAUAAACGACUUUUUUUAAAAGAAUUUCUGAUAGCGGAAAGAGUAAAAGAGGAUAGUGGAAAAAAAGUGUUGUUUCAAAAUAAGUAUAAUUUUCCAUUUUCGUUACAAUUUUCGGAAUGGUUAAAAGAAAAACCAGAUAACCUAAAUAGGUGGUUCUUAGUACCGUGUCCGAAAGGUCAAAGAUGCUUUAUUGUGGCCUGUAAUAACAUAACCGAGGUUUAUAAUAAAGAAGGAAAGAGAAUAUUUUAUUUUCAUUCUAAACUUCCUGGAGAUGGAGUCCUAAGAAAUGAAUUUAGUAUACUUGACUGCAUUUUCUGUAGAGAACUUAAAAGAUUUUUUGUACUUGAUGUGGUUUGUUUAGGUAAUUAUAAUUUGCAACACUGUGAUGCUACAUUUAGGAGAUUUUGGUUGAAGAGUAGAUUAGAUGAAAACAUGAAUUACAAUGACAGUGAUUCAUCCUACACUUUUAUUCUUAUUGAUUGGGUUGAUUUUGAAGAUGAGGAAGCGAUAAAAAUGAAUUUUUAUAAAUAUCCUCACUAUGCCGAGAAUUUUCCUCUAUUGGAUGGAUUUUUGUUUUAUCAUAAAGAUGCAAGUUACACUUUUGGUGUAACGCCACUUGUCGGCUGGCUAUUUUGUUUUAUGAUUCCCGAAGUUUUAGGAUAUGAAAUAAACGCAAUAUAUAGUCUUGAAAAACCUGCAGACUAUGUAAAUUAUUUAUUCUAUAUCAACGAAUUCGAUAAAAAUCAAGAUAAAAAGAUCCGGGAACGCAGAUCUAUUAUUAAAUCUGAAUUCAAAGAAGAGACUGAUGUUUUAGAAGAAACCGAAAAGAUAUUCGAAAAGGAGCGUUUCGUUUUGGAAAAUUAUUACGACAUACAUAGUUCAGAAAAACAAAAACAUUUUGAAUACACUGAAGUUGAUUCAAUACACAUGAUUGAAUAAAACUUAAGUAAAUAUAUAUAUAUGUAUACCUAUAUAAAAUGUGCCGAAAAUUAUGAGAAAUAUUUGAAAAAUAAUUGUUUGUCACGAUUUUAAUCCAAAAAAAGCCAAAAUUGAGGCACGUUAAGGUAAAAUAAAAACCAUCAUUUAGUUGCUUUCAUGCAUUACAUAUAUGUAUACAUAUAUCUAAUUGUAUAUGUAUAUACUAAUUUUGACGAAAAAUUUGUUUUGAAAAUUCAUGUUUUUUUAAAUAAAUUAUAUUCUAAUUAUUAAAGUCG